UGAGGUUGUGGUCAGAAGUCCUGCCUGAGCACCUGCACAUUUGAAUGGCCCCAAGCAAGGGAGUACCAGGCCGGCCACUCUAGGUGAUAAAAUGACAAGACCGUGCCCUGCCUUCAGGUGCCCACCUGCCUGCUCUCUCUGCUAGUCUCACCGGGCACCAUCGACCCCUGUCACCACCUGUCUCCACCCCUGCAGCCAGCCCUCCAGCUGACCUCCCACCAUGGCAGCCCUGAUCGCCGAGAACUUCCGCUUUCUGUCGCUUUUCUUCAAGAGCAAGGACGUGAUGAUUUUCAAUGGGCUGGUGGCACUGGGCACGGUGGGCAGUCAGGAGCUGUUCUCUGUGGUGGCUUUCCACUGCCCUUGCUCGCCAGCCAGAAACUACCUGUACGGGCUGACGGCCAUCGGUGUGCCCGCCCUAGCACUCUUCAUCAUCGGCGUCAUCCUCAACAACCACACCUGGAACCUCGUUACCGAGUGCCAGUACCGGAGAACCAAGAACUGCUCGGCUGCCCCCACCUUCCUCCUCCUGAGCUCCAUCCUGGGCCGCGCGGCCGUGGCCCCCAUCACCUGGUCUGUCAUCUCCCUGCUGCGCGGUGAGGCCUAUGUCUGUGCUCUCAGCGAGUUUGUGGACCCCUCCUCGCUCACAGCGGGGGGAGAGGGCUUCCCGCGGGACCAUGCCACCGAGAUCCUGGCCAGGUUCCCCUGCGGGGAGGGUCCUGCCAACCUGUCAGGCUUCCGGGAGGAGGUCAGUCGCAGGCUCAAGUAUGAGUCCCAGCUCUUUGGGUGGCUGCUCAUAGGUGUGGUGGCCGUCCUGGUGUUCCUGACCAAGUGCCUCAAGCAUUACUGCUCACCGCUCAGCUACCGCCAGGAGGCCUACUGGACGCAGUACCGCAACAACGAGGAGCAGCUCUUCCAGCGCACCGCCGAGGUGCACUCCAGGGUGCUGGCCGCCAACAACGUGCGCCGCUUCUUCGGCUUCGUGGCGCUCGACCAGGAUGACGAGGAGCUGAUAGCCAAGUUCCCCGUGGAAGGCACACAGCCGCGGCCGCAGUGGAACGCCAUCACUGGCGUCUAUUUGUACCGUGAGAACCAGGGCCUCCCACUCUACAGCCGCCUGCACAAGUGGGCCCAGGGGCUGCCAGGCAACGGCACAGCCCCGGACAACAUGGAGAUGGCCCUGCUGGUCUCCUAAGGUUCCUGUUCCCACACUCUUUGCAAAUGACAAUCCUUGGCCCAACACUGAACCCCACUGUCUGCUCACAUCAGCAUCAGAAGAUUUUUUUUUUUCUUUUAGCCUUAGGUUUUUGGGAAAACAGACCAAGAGAAAGAAACAAAGUAAUGGGUACAGAGGAGAGAGCUAAUGCACAAUGUGGUCAGCGUGACAGGAAGGCUCUCCGACCUGAAGAAAUCCCCUCUCCUACUGCCACCAGCCACCUGGUCAACAGCUUGGGAGGGAAGACUCGCACUCAGAACUGGUCCUUAAUUAUUCACUAUGCUGUGGAGGACCUUCCACUGAUGGGCUCCAAGGCUGAGAAGCCCUGGCCAGCACAGCGAGGUGACAGUGAAACCCGCCAGUAGGCUCGUUGUAUAGGAUAUUGUGCGGUUAAUUUGUGUCUAACUGCUUAUGGACACCCAGCUCAGCGGUGCUCAGCUGGGAAGCUGCCCUUCGAUGCAUGCCACUGGCUUUAUUUUAUAUAUUUACAUUUUUUAUAAAGCUUUUCUAAGU